AUGACAAAAAAAUAUGUUUCAUGUCCUAUAUGUGGAAAAGAUGUCAAUAUUGAUUUAAUAAAUACUCAUUUGGAUAGGGCAUGUGAUACUCAUGAAAAAAAAAAUUCUCUUUCUUUAGGUACAAUUCAGCAAAAAUUAUAUAAUGAAGAUUCCCUGAAUAAGAAAUCUUUUUCCCUCAAUGAAUAUCCUAGGUAUUCCAGAGAUAUUCCGUCUUCUCCAUCUUUAUCUAAAAGGAAGAUACAAAACGAAGAUGAAUUAUCUCCUAAGGAAGCUUCUUUAAAAAAAAGUAAAAAUAAUAGCAAUUUUGAAUUUCAUCCUCCCCUUUCGGAAAGAGUUCGACCUGAAACACUUGAUGACUUUAUAGGCCAAGAAGAUUUAAUUGGAAAGCAUGCAUCUGGAGUAGGGAAGACCACAUUAGCAAGAAUAAUUUCAAAAACCACAAAUAAUCAGUUCAGGGAAUUUUCUGCUACAUCUAGUACUAUAUGUGAUGUGAAAAGGGCUUUUGACGAUGCAAAAAAAAUGUUAUCUUUGACAGGACGUAAAACAAUUAUAUUUAUAGAUGAGAUUCAACAAUUUAAUAAGAUGCAACAAAAUGUCUUUUUACCUUAUGUAGAAAAGGGAAUAGUCAUAUUAAUUGGUGCCACUACUGAAAACCCGAGUUUUAAGAUAAACAACGCCUUACUUUCUCGAUGUAGAGUAUUUGUUUUACACAAGCUUUCUUCAGUGCAUGUUUUUGAAAUUCUGAAAAAUGCUAUAUCAAUAAUUAAAUUGUCUUCUGAAAAUACAACUAAUAUCGAUGAUAAUAUUAUAGAAUACUUAGCAAAUUUAUCUGAUGGUGAUGCUCGCAUUGCAUUAAACACAUUAGAAAUAAUAUUAAAUUUUAAAAUUAAAGGGAAUGAUAUCAUUACAAAAGAAGAUGUAAGGAAUAUUUUGAAAAGAACUUCUUUUGUUUAUGACCGUGUUGGAGAUUCUCAUUAUGAUACUAUAUCUGCAUUUCAUAAGAGUAUUCGCGGUUCUGAUGCUAAUGCAGCGUUAUAUUAUCUUGGAAGAAUGCUUCUUGGAGGCGAAGAUCCUCUUUAUAUUGCUCGUAGAAUGAUUCGUAUUGCUUCAGAAGAUAUUGGGACUUCUGAUAAUAAUGCUCUUAUUCUUGCAAUAUCAACUUAUCAGGCUGUUCAAUUCGUAGGAAUGCCAGAAGCUGAUGUUUUUUUAGCUCAUGCUGCAAUUUAUUUAGCUGAAGCGAAGAAAUCUAAUAGGAUCUAUUCAGCCUUAAAUAAUGUUAAGCACGUUCUUAAAACAGAAGAUGGCGCUUUCGCUGCCGAAAUUCCAUUGCAUAUUCGCAAUUGCCCUACAAAAUUAAUGAGUGAACUUGGAUAUGGUGUAGGUUAUAAAUAUAAUCAUCUUUAUAAGGAUGGAAAAGUAAAACAAGAAUAUCUUCCUUCUACAUUAAAGACUAGAAUAUUUUUAGAUACAGAUGAAGAAAUGAUUUCAGAUCCAGAAUUAAUAGAAUAA